AUGAGCUUAAGCUCGUCUGCUUUGACUUCAUGGAAAGAACAGAGAAAAGGCAGUCAACCACAAGACGGGCAUUUUGUAUUCCGCUUUCUGAGUCCCCCACUUGACUCUUUCACCAUGCAGAAAGGUCGUAAACGACGUAUCUCGGACGAUGAGGAUAUGACGCUGGCUCCCUCCGCAGCAGAUCCCACAUUUCAGUUUGGGAAGACUCUUCAGUCUAAUCUACGAACCGACAUGAAAGCCAAGACAGCAGAAAAUAGCAGCAAAAGGACGAAAACAGAUAUGACGAAUCACCUUUCUGUCAGAAAAUUACUAGUAAGAGGCUCAUUGAUUGAACUAUUCUCGCUUCUGAUUGUAGACACACUGGAUAAAACGACGCUGGUUGACCUCGUUAACGGAUUGAUAGACUCAUACCCUAGUUUACAGCCAGAGAUCGAAAAAAACAUUCCUGCACCAACUCUCCAGUCUGUAUCACAAGCCAUCAAUGAUUUAGAGUACAAACUAUCCGAAAGUUUCCCAUAUAGCAGAUCUGGACCAAUGCGCGAUGAUUACAGCUACAAUCGAGUUAAAGGACACCUCAUGGAUUUGGUGAACGCUUUACAAGAAUACGCUGAUCAUUUUACGACAUCAAGUGACUUUCCCACUACUACCUUUUCCUAUCUUCACUUUGCAACCCUGGUCGCUGAACGAUUACCAUCUUGGAGUAAUCCAACGCACAAUAAUAUACAACGCAACCUAUAUCUUGACCUUGUGAAAUACUGGAUGAAAGCCAUAGAACAGGCAACCUCUAAGAUUGCCGAAGGGAAAAUAUAUGGAGAGCAAGUCGUUACAGAAUGGGCUAAAAACUUGAUGCAACAUAAUAACGCUACCAAUGGACUAUUUAGCGAAGCUAUAGACCUCUUUGCCAACAGUUUGGGCUGGAUUAUUGGCUUUUCAUCACCCACCAUCGGUGGUAAAGACCAAGUUUUUCAUAUGGAUUCUCAAUUUAAGAUUCACCAAAUUACCGAAUUAUAUUCACAGAAGCCCAUACAUUUCCAAAUAACAGAAAUGAACAAGUCAUUCAUGAUCUGGGUGGGUCGGCCGCAAGAUGGCCUCGCCGAUCUGUCUAUUGCUAUGCCUGCCAUGAACAAGAACACGCCACCACCAGCAUCCAACUUGAUCACUCAGGAUAUGUCGGACGUCAGCGUGGAUCUCGGCCGACGUUUAGCACUUCGUUAUGGCCAGCAGUUUAUCGUUAGCAUAAAUGUACCUAGCGACGAUCAAAUGAUGAUGGCAUUUGUAGAAAAGAAAAUUACAACAUUAUUGAAGGAUAUCAUUGUAAACUAA